AUGGCGUUUAGACGACAAACUGUGUUUUGCCUGAUGAUCCUGACCUGCUGGCCAAUCGUCGGCCGAGCGGACGAGUUUCCACAAUGUGCCAAUGCCGAUCCUGACAGUUUUGUGAUGACCAUUGACGACUGUGCCGCCUACAUUUACUGCAAUGGAGAGGAUUCCUUCCGGGACAGUUGUCCGGAGGAGACGUAUUUUGACGACAAGACUCAGGAGUGCGUCUUUGACGACGCCGGAGUGUGUCUUAAGGGAUUGGAGACCGAAGAGUCUGGGGAAGUGCAUCAGCCAGAAGCAGAGGUGGUAGAACAGCCCGAAACAGAAGAAGUCGUCGAGCCUUCCACGACAUCUGUGCCCACAACCGCCCAAGUAAUAAAUGUUCCCACAACCGCUGCCCCGCUCCCUUCCCGUCCAGCUGCAACUCGUCCCAAUUGCGACUCCUCCAGGGAUUCCGUCCACCCUCAUCCCCAGCGCUGCGAGUACUUCUACCGGUGCGUGGCGGGCUUCCUAACCAUAGUCCGGUGUCCCUACGACUACGCCUGGGAUUCGCCCACGGACAAGUGCCGGCCAAAGGCACAGGCCAGUUGCUAUAGUUUGUAG